UACCACCAAGUAAUGAAAAUAUGAGAAGCUUGAGAAGCUCGCUUUCAUUUUCCAUGGCCAAAAAACACCAAGAGCCGCUCAGUAAGCCUUGUUGUUGAGGCCAUCUCCCCAUGCCAUGAUCAUCAUCCAUUAUUUAGAAAACAAAGAUUGACUACUUUCUUUCCUCUUCGCGCUUCAAGAAAGAUAUGGUCCAGUACACCCUCCGGCGAAGAGUUCACCGUCGCGUUUUGGUUCUCCGCCGUUGCAUUCGACACGUCAUGGAUAGGAUUAUUACUUGCUGUUUAGGAAAGCCGGUUCACUACCGGAUGCUGCCGAUUUCGGUUAUGACUCCUCCUUCCGGCUCUAUCGCCAGCCCUGACACUGCUGUCAAGGCCGUCCGGCGUCAGAAGUCGUCGGCUGCUACGAGUGGUCGGGAAAGCGUAGACUCCAACUUGGUCUCAUUGAAGAUUAGUCUGUUAGGGGAUAGCCAAAUCGGAAAGACGAGCUUUUUGGUAAAGUACGUGGGAGAUGAUGAGAAAGAAGGAGAGCCACAGACUACAGGGUUGAAUUUCAUGGAUAAAACUCUAAUCAUCAGAGAUGCUCGGAUUUCGUAUAGUAUUUGGGAAGUUGGAGGUGAUAAGAAAUCCCAGGACAAUAUGCAGGUUGCUUGCAUGGAUUCCGUAGCAAUUUUGUUCAUGUUCGACUUGACAAGUCGUUGUACGUUAAAUAGUAUUCCAACAUGGUAUCACCGAGCCAGAAAAUGGAAUCAGACGGCAAUCCCAAUAUUGAUAGGAACAAAGUUCGAUGACUUCAUCCAGCUCCCAUUAGAUUUGCAAUGGGCAAUCGCGAGUCAGGCAAGAGCUUAUGCAAAGGCAUUCAACGCAACACUUUUCUUUUCCAGUGCAACCUACAACAUAAAUGUGAACAAGAUCUUCAAAUUCAUCACAGCCAAGCUCUUUGACUUACCGUGGACCGUCGAGCGGAAUCUGACCAUUGGAGAGCCCAUUAUUGAUUUCUAGUCCUCGUACUUUUUGUAGAUAGCAUGUUCUCUCUAACCACAGAAAUUGUAAGCGGUAGAUGGGUUACUGGAUUGUCAUAGUUCUUCAGUUCGAUGACAGUUUGGGUUGUUUCCUUUUGAUGAUUUUGGAGAAAGGCAGAGGCGUAAAGCCCACAUCUCCAUAUACAAAUAAAGUCAAUUGUAGAGAGUUCAAAAACAAGAAAUCAAACAACAACAAAAACAUUGGUUUGCCUUACAA